AUGGAGCCUUCUCUCAACAACGUAGCCGUCCGCUCCGGCAUUCCGGCUUCCCAGAACGAUCCUGCCCACAAACCCGACAAUAAACCUAACCGUGGCCCCGCUCCCCGUUCUCGGCGACGCCAUCUCGCGUCAGACAGCUUCAGACACUGCCUGCCCAAGGCUGGUUUCUCCUGGCCAGCGAAGGGUUUCAUCAUGCGUAGCUGGGAUGACGACUCCAGAGUCUGCGCAGCCCUGGAUGCCUGCGUCCGGGCAUUUACCGGCCCGGCAAUCGAGCCACUACUGGUUGAGAUGUUCAGCCAUGCCAGCCUCGAGGCCGCGGCUGGCAAAAUCCCUUCCGCAAGCCUUGCCAGUCCUGAGUCCAACUUUACAUAUACGUGGCUUGCUCGAGUCCGCAAGGAUGUCAACUGGGCUAUCAGAGGCGGCAAAAAGCCGGGCUGUGGAUUGAAGGUCUUCGUUCUCCUCUUCUUCACGAUCCGGAACGCCCGCCUCCGCUGGUUAGAUCAGCCCCUUAACGAGCGCUCGCUGCCUCACGACACCCGUCUGCAUGAGGCCGGUCAGACCGGUACCGACGACGAUUUGAUGAGCACGGGCGGCCCACGCGAGGCCGCAGCCGAGACCAAGGACGGUUCGAAAGAGGGGGGCGUUCAGACGCAAAGUGGCUAUCAGGAGGAGCUGGAGCACGGAGCGGCGGCUCCGGCCUCGACCGUUGAACAGGAUGAGUGCUUCAGAGCAGGGGCAACUGCCUUGUCGUCGUCCUGCACAGUUGUCCUGGAACAGGCAGAACUUUGGCGGGAUCAAUAUGGACACGGAUGA